GGCGCUAAUGACAUAAUGAUAAUAUACAAAAUAUCUUUUCAGGGAUUGCCGCCAUUUAAGAGCAUCGUGACGUCAUUUCCGUUUUUAGCGAUGACAGUCCUCCAUUACGGAAACUUAUGGGGCUUGUACUUCAUAAUGACUGUUGGGCCUAAGUUCGUAUCCAGUGUUCUUGGUUUCGAACUCUCAGCAGCGGGAAUAAUAUCUGCAUUGCCGUACCUUGCGAGGUUGUUCUCUGCAACUAUCUUUGGAGCUGUCGGCGAUUGUAUACUUUCCAAAAAGUUAAUGACAACAACCGCUAUAAGGAAAUUCUUCUGUUUAUUUUCCCAUAUCCUACCAGGAGUUUUAUUAAUUCUGCUAGUGUACACUGGCUGUUCCACUGCAUUGUCUGUGACCAUGAUAACUAUGUCUAUGGGUUUCAAUGGAGCUGCUACUCUAACCAACCUUCAGAACCAUCAAGAUUUGGCACCAAAUUUCGCUGGAACUUUGUACGGAAUAGCAAACUUCGUGGGUAGCACAGCCGGGUUUUUCACACCGAUGAUCACUGCUUACUUCACAAGGAGCGGGAAUAGUUUCGAUCAAUGGAGGCCAGUAUUCUUCGUGGGCGCAUCCGUUUAUAUCAUAUCGGCAGUAUUCUUUAUAGCUUUUGGCACUGGCAACAUACAGCCGUGGAACUUCGUUGAUGAAGACAAGGAGAAUGAUAAAUCGAAACCGAAUGAUAACAAGGAAAUGAAUGAGAUGACAAUUAAAAACGAAAACUAUCGAGAACGUAAGGAAACGACCUUGAGUGUGAUAACAUAAUUAUGCAGUUCACUAUACUGUAAGAUGUCCAUAUAAA